AACCGUCAAUAUGUAUCUCUUUACGUGUACUUUGGUACUAUUAGCUAUAGGUGCUUCUUUUAUCGAGGCUGUAAAGUCUCCAACAUUUAGUAAUGUUUAUACAGUGAAGGGAACAUUGUAUAUUCCUUAUGCCGAAAUUCGGGAACCGUUUUAUGCAUGGUACGAUGGCACUAGUGGAUCUAGUAGAAUAGAUUAUUACGGAGGAAUGGUUAAGACUUUCCAAUUGUCAAAUAAAGGAUCGUACGGAAAAAGUUUGAAGAUUGUUCCGAUCACCACAGAAUUAGCUACCAACGACGAAACAUGUCUCGAAGUCAAUGGUACUAAAGAAUUCAAAAUUCAACCCCAAACUAUUAUUCCUGACACAACCGGAAUGGAGUGUAUCGGAGAAGAAAUGGUAAAUGGAGUGAAAUGUGAGAAAUGGCAAAUGAUACAAGAAAUAGGGGAGAAAACAAACAAAUAUACUCUUUGGAUACAAUAUCAGAAAUCACCACGAGCGCCAGGAUUACUGGAACCAAUUCCUGUGAAAUACGAAAUGAGAGGAUUCAACAGCCUUUUAGGCUCGCAUUAUGAUCAUUAUUAUUUAAAUUAUGACUGGUAUACGUUCCAAAAGCCUAAUUCCGAAGUAUUCGAGAUUACAGAAAAUCUAACAUGUGUCAGUUUCCCCGGACCUGGAGAAAAACACAUAUACACGUUUAAUCCUAUGCGCGAGUUUGUUCACAAUUACGAUGCUCAUGUGAACGAAGCUUUCGAAGGUUUCAAGAAAGCCCAUAGCAAAGACUACGCGAGUGAAGUUGAGCAUCAUACGCGCAAGGAAGUAUUCAGGCAAAAUGUAAGAUUUAUCCAUUCUACCAAUCGUGCUAACAAAGGUUAUCAGCUGGACAUUAAUCGCUUGGCAGAUCGUACCGAGUUAGAGUUAAAGGCCUUACGUGGCAAACAAUAUACCAAAGGUUACAAUGGAGGACAGCCGUUCCCUUAUAAUGUUGCACGGGAACAGGAAAACAUUCCGGAGUCUAUAGAUUGGAGGUUAUACGGUGCUGUUACUCCUGUUAAAGAUCAAUCUGUUUGUGGUUCCUGCUGGAGUUUUGGUACGACUGGUGCUGUGGAGGGUGCAUAUUAUAUGAAGUAUGGCAGAGUGCCACGUUUGUCUCAACAGGCGCUUGUCGAUUGUUCAUGGGGCUAUGGAAAUAAUGGAUGCGACGGUGGUGAAGAUUUUAGAGCAUACCAAUGGAUUAUGAAACAUGGAGGGCUGCCUACCGAAGAAGAUUAUGGUGGUUACCUUGGCGAGGAUGGUUAUUGUCACAUAGAUAAUGUUACAUUAACAGCCAAGAUUACUGGUUACGUAAAUGUUACGGAAAAUAAUCCUGAUGCUAUGAAACUUGCCGUUGCAAAACAUGGUCCGAUCUCAGUAGCGAUUGAUGCGUCUCAUAAAACUUUCUCAUUCUACUCUCACGGCGUAUAUUAUGAGGAAACUUGCGGCAAUACGGAGGAAACACUGGACCACGCCGUUUUAGUAGUAGGUUAUGGUAAACUGGAUGGAAAGGACUAUUGGUUGGUGAAGAAUUCGUGGUCUAAUUACUGGGGCAACGAUGGCUACAUUCUUAUGUCUCAAAAAGAUAAUAAUUGCGGAGUAAUGACAAAUCCAACAUACGUUACUAUGUAAAAAAAACUUGAAACAGUUUUUUUUUUUAUUCUUAUGUUUUAUAAUAAUAACUAUACGAAGGAGAUAUCUAUAUGAAGAGAGACACUUGGAUUAUUUGGGAGUUUUAAAUUAAAAAUCAAUGUUGUAUGUUGCACUACUUAUAAGAUACAGUUAUGUACAAAAAUAUAAUGCAAACGAGUAGAAUAAAAUAAUUUUUUUUAAAUAAUACGAAGAGUAUAUAUAAAAGUACAACUAAAUCGAAGCUCGCGUCUUAACGUCUUCGAAAGUAUUGAAAACGAGUGUGAUAUAAACAUAAACAAAAUGAUUUUUAUUGAAAUAAUUUUAUGAAAUUCGCAGCAUGAAAGCGCUAUAUAUCGUAAACUUUUUUCUUUUUUUUAAUACCGUUUACUAAAAACAUCUAUAUAACAAAGGAUGUACAAAUGCGACGAAAUGUUUCUAGCAGAAAUUCAGUUGACUAUAUAAAAAUGAAUUUUACACAUCACGAAGUGCUUCUCGUUCACUUCAUUUGAAAAGCAUAAACAAACUUUUGGAUAUCUACGUGUAUAAUGUUGUAGAAUUACGCUGUCAUAUUGUGGUACAAAAUUAGUAUUGGUUAUUGUGCUUAAAAUCUCAUAAUGGAAUUAAAUUGACAACUAUAUAUAAAAAUAUAUAUAAUUUCAAUAGGCACAGUUCACUUAAUACAGUUGCAUAGUUUGUUCUAAAAUUAUACAUACACUCAAAUAAAAUUCAUAUCGCUGUGCGUUCAGUACAAAAUUGAAUACAUAAACAAAGGAAUGUUUGUAAAUCAAAGCGAAACAAUGAUUACAGUUUUUUCCGAAA